AGCCCGCCUACUUUGCCCUGGUGUCUCUUCCGUGUCGCCUUUUCUCCUCACCAUCCUCUUUAGCACCGGGCGCUUCAUUUCUAAAUUUCAUUGACAAUACGGAGAUUUUUCUUACAUUUUUUCUUUUUAAUCCACCGUUCGCUGCCUUUCGUCAACGCUACCCUCUGGUCCUCCCGCCUUAGCGAGCCAACGCUACUCUGUGACCCGACGAGACAAAGGACUUGUGAGUCUGGGUUUCGUACAACAGUCUACAGCUACGGCCUCAUCUUGAUCGACUUGAAUAUUCCUGUAAUAUUCUUCUCGUCGGGCUUGUGUCGUUUUCUCACCAUGGUGGUAGCUGCUGGUAGCCUCACUCGACAUUAGAUGACAUGGACGCGCAGAGUGCCGCAGCGCCCGACCGGUCGAAGCCUGCGGUGGCUUCUCCUAAGCGUCGAAGAGCCUCUCUCGUCGACCAAAAAUCUAUAACGGUGGCAUCGGCGUCUGCCACGAACAAAGACGGCCCUUCAAAGAGGGACUCAACCAAGUCCGACGAUGACAGGGACUCGGACGCUGAGACAAUAGUGCUGCCUGGUAAGGACGGGCAUUCACCGUCCAAGGUGCGCAAAGUCAGGCAGGAGGAUAAGGAUGGCAGCGAGGGCGAGCGCCCAAGGGACAGACGGCGAUCGACUAGAGACGACCACCCCGACAAUGCAUCCGACCUCCCGAGGAAAAAGAAGCGAAUUUCAUCGCGGCCGGACAAGGAUUUGCGCUCGCGCAAUGAUGAUUCCGACCAUAGCGAUCACAGCUCAAACCCACCGUCUCCUGAACUGACCCAGCGCCGGCUACAGCACCGCCGGCGACGGUCAGAACUGCACGGCGGCUCCGACUCUGAUUCUGAUAAUUCAGAUCACAAGUCUUCUGCCAAAUCUAACCGUGAACGCUCCCGAACUGGCGAUCGAUCUGUAUCCCUCAAACGGAAAACCCCAAAAGUCGAGUCAGACGACGAAAUGGACAGUCGUAAAGCUCGCAGACAAAGAACGACAUCAGCCGGCGCUGAGAAUUUGCGCAACUAUCGCGAAUCAAGGGUGAGGUCUCAGAGGGAUGGCAGAGCAAACUCAAAUUCUCCGCCACCACGACAGCAUCGGCGCAGCGCAUCAAAUCAGUUACAAUCAAGUAACUUUGGUCAGAAAAAGAAGCGCCUGCCGCCUCCGCUUCAAACUGACUAUAACUCUGAUGACUCCUCUGGCAGCGACAGCCCUCACCCUCGAAAUGCCAAAGUACGGAGCCUCACAACCCCAUCACAUCAUGAUUCUGCCAUGUCUCCUGCAAAGGCUGGUGUACACAAGAAGCACUUGGAUGCGCAUGGCCAAACCUUGCUGGCGCGAGCAUGUGCACGAGGGGAAUAUGACGGAGCAAAGCAACGAUUAUUAGAACGCCCCGAAGAUCUUAAUGUUGCAGACUAUGCUGGCAAUACACCGUUACAAAUUGCAGCAAUCAAUGGUUGCGAAGAUAUUGUACAGUUACUUAUUGAAGCGGGCUGCAACUUGGACUGCGUCAACUACGAUAAAGAAACGCCUUUGCUGGAUGCUGUCGACAAUGGACAUCUUGGGGUGGUAAAAUUACUACUAGCUGCGGGUGUUAAUCCUCGCAAAGCGAAUGUAAAUGGCGAGGAACCGAUCGAUCGAGUCAACGAAGACACCGAAAACGGUGAUGAAAUCCGUGCGGCUUUGAUGCAGGCGAAGAAGAAAGCUGGAGAUCGCCGCCGAACCUCUGAGGAACAUCACUCUAAUAAUGAGCGUGAAGGACAAAGUGCGGACAGCCCGCGGAAUUCUCCUGCACCCUCGCUAGCAGGUGGACGGCGUGGAACAAAUGUUCGAUCAACAAAAACAAGGAAUGACCUAUUAUAUAUGCCUCUUGACGACAAAACCUUGCGCCAAGCUGCAGGGCGUGGUGACGAGGAAACGGUCGCCCGAAUCUUACAAGUCAAGGAAGGGUUUGACGACCCGGAGUCCAUGGUGGCUGCAGCUCGUGGUGGACACGACCUUGUGAUACAACUUCUUUUGGGCCUGGGUGGCGCCAAUGCCGACCCGGCGCCUGUAUCCGGCCUAGCGCCCGAAUUCGCAACACCGAUACUUGCCUCGAUUGGCCAAGAAAACAUCAAAGUGGUAGAGUUGCUGCUUGAGCAGCAAGGAUUUGACCCCACGCGCAGGUUCAAAGGGGAGACUUACUACGAAAUUGCGCGACGCCGACAAGGUACGAACUGGAAGGACGAAGAGCAUAUUUUGAAGAAUGCAUACGACGAGUAUAAACGUUCCAACAAAGACUCUGCCAACAGCAAAUCGCCUGGUCGCCGCGAGAAGGAGCGCGCUAGAGAGGAGAAGCGCGCUCGCCGUGAAGAGGCCAAAAAUGCGCUCCGUGAUGCCGAAAAUAGAAAGAAGACCACCUCGACAGUUAAGCUUGGUAGUCCGACUGGCAAACGCAGAUCAGAUUCGUUCUCGACCGUUGGUGAAGAAGAAGCCCCGAAGCGUGGCCCUGGACGACCUAGAAAAGAAGACAGGGACGGCCAAAAAUCAAGCAAGGCAAAAGUUGCUGAAUCUGAUGUUGGUGGCUUAUCAUCUGAUGGCGAAUCUACGAAGCCAAGGAGGAAGCUUAUUUCGAAGGGUGAUCUCCGAGGCGAACGUGACAAGGGCAAGCGCGACUCUAAGCGUGACGAGUCGCCAGAUAGACAACGGUUGUCCGAGAAGUAUCGCGAUAGGACCAAGGCUAUAAAACGUGACGAAGGCAAAGACGGCGAUGCUUCUAGCAAGAGACACCGCAGCAGUACCACGCCAGAUCGCCCCAGCGAUGUAGACAAGGAUGAUUCUGAAGCGCCCAUCAAGCGCCGACGAUUGGAACAAGAAGGCCAAGAUAAGCGUGGCAAACGUGUCGAAUCUACGGAAGACCGCCAACCCAAGACGAAAUCAUCCAAGUCUAGCGAAGGCAAGGACAACGACAGGAGUGCUCGCCGCUCAACGUCUGGAGACCCGGCUAUUACGGUCAAGGCAGAGGAUGCGGAUGUAGAUAUGCCCGAUGGCAACAGUCUGAACGAGAUUCCCAGAAAAUCAUCCGCUACUACGGACGACAGCAAGGACGACUCUGAGAAGAAGCCAAGCAAGCAAGAACUGGCGAAGCGUACUACGGCUGAGCUCAAGCGCAAAGAGGAAGAGGAAGAGAAACGACGACAAGACGACGAAGCUCGAAAAGCCCGCGAGGCUGAAGAAGCCGCUCAACGGGAAGCAGCUAAUAAGAAAAAGAAGGAAGAAGAUGCUGAGCGUAAGCAGAAAGAAGAAGAAGAGCGCCGACGUCUGGAGAAGCUUGAGCGAGAGGCUGCAGAAGAGAAGCCGAAGCUAGAAGAAUACGCGAAGAGCAAGAACUGGCCAGGUUGGAUAAACUUCCGGGACUGCUGCGCUGGCUACAUAUGUGUCCCAACCCGAAGGCUGCCGCCGUCGCAGAUAUGUUUAAAUCUAUGCUUGGUGUACGUUACGAUACGAUCCGCCAAGAAGCCAAUGGGACGCCGGAAGGACGAGAGCAAUGGGUAUUGAACACACACGUUGCUCUCCUUCUGGGAGAGAAGGAUCUUGAUCUAUCUCGCUACACAGCCUGGGAGCGAGUUCCAGUGUCUCGCCUCGGCAAAGUGACAGUCUGGCGCACUGAAUGGCCGCGCUACUCGCUACUCUCAGAGAAGCUGUGGGAACUCGGUCGCCAGAUUCCUGGGUACUAUGGUGACGAAGAUCCCUCCAGGAUGAGCUUCCGCACCAAGGAAGCGCUCAAGAAGGCAGCAUGGGAUCGAUUCCUCACCACUGAUCUCUUCUUUGUAAAGCUUUCUGACCUUCUCUACACGGUCCCCAAUAUUCCCCAUCUCCGCAAUCUGAAGCUUGCUAUUGAGUACAGAGAACUGCUGGAGUCAGAGGCGCAAGCCAAUAGUUGGCAAGCAGGACAGAAAUGGAAACAGGACCCCGAUGCUGACCGAUUCUACGGCUUUGCACCACGCAACAAAUACUACCUCAACGGAACGUUUGUUGGCGAAGACAUGCCGACAAAGCAUCAGACCAGCAAGACUCCAUUUCCCGAGAACCGGGUCCCGCGCCGCGGGCUAGUGCAAGCAUUUCCCAGCGACCCAGACUACGAGCGUCUUUGCACUGAACAAGGACUGACGCAUCUGCUCAAGGGCGGCGAGGCCGCUCCGGCCUCCAACGGCGUCCACGUUGUGCCCUUGCCAGCCCCAAUGGUGAACGGUACCAACGGCCAUGGCCCUGAUACGAAGCCUGCUAACGGCAUCAAUGGCGUCAACUGAGGCACUAUAACACACUUUAUGCGACGAUGAUGGAAAUGUAUACGGACGAGGCCGUAACGGAACGGUGCACACAGACACGAACUAGCAGAACGGAUGUUUUGCAUACCUUUGACUUGAUGUUUUUAUUUUGUUUUUGACUCGCCCUAUGGCUUCUUUUGGGUCUUUGUUUGAAUGCUGUCUUGGAUGAAAGGCGGAUUGCUUGUUCUUAUACGGGUUUCUUUGGCAAGGUUCAGGAGCAUCAGACGAGGCGUUUUGAAAGUUUCUAUGCGAUAUGGCUGGCGGCUUUGUAUUGCCGUUGUUUACUUUAGCUGGCC